UGCUGGUAACUAUAUAUAGAUAAAUAUAGAGUCACAAUAUUGCCCCAGAGACUGAAUGUGACAAAUAGCCCUAAAUACUGGGGUGGGGCUGUUCUAUUCAUUCAUUGGCUCAAAGAAUCAAUCAUUGCCCCGCCCACAGGCAGUUUGCUGAAUACGCCCAAGCGCUUUGGCUUGUGUGUGUCCGCUCUACCCCGCUGUGCCGGAGUCUAUGGCCUUUGCUGCCGCUCUGGCCUCCCUUUCGUCUCAGUGGGCGGAAUUGUCCGGUUGCGCUUAGCAGAAGUCUUGUGAGUACCAACAUGGCGGAUGCUGACUACGAGUCGGUGCUUUGCGUCAAGCCGGAAGUGCACGUGUACCGGAUUCCGCCUCGCGCCUCUAACCGGGGCUACAGGGCCGCCGACUGGCAACUCGAUCAACCGGCCUGGACCGGCCGCCUGCGCGUCACCUCCCGGGGCAAAAUGGCCUUCAUCAAACUGGAGGAGCGGAGCUCUGGUGAGCUCUUUGCUCAGGCCCCAGUGGAGCAGUUUCCGGGUAUCGCAGUGGAAAGUGUCGUUGACUCCAGCAGAUACUUUGUCAUUUGCAUCGAAGACGGAACCGGUUCUGUUACCCCAGGGCGUCGGGCUUUCAUUGGCGUGGGCUUUGCUGAUCGAGGAGACGCGUUUGACUUCAAUGUCGCAUUACAGGAUCAUUUCAAGUGGGUGAAGCAACAGGCAGAAUUGGCCAAACAGGCUCAGAAUCCGGAGCAGGGGCCCCGGCUGGAUCUCGGGUUUAAGGAGGGACAGACCAUCAAGAUCAACAUUGCUAACAUAAAGAAAAAAGAAGGCAGCACAAAGCCACGCCCUCUCAGUGGCACUCUCAAUCUGCUCCCGCCUCCCCCUGGGGCUAAAGUGCCGGUUCCAAGUGCCAGUCCUGCCCAGCCUGCUACCCCCACAAGCACAGAUUUGCUGUUGGAACUUGGUGCCCCAUCACCCUGGGCAGGUCCCCCGGCUCCCUCAGAUAUGUGGGGGGACUUCACUAAGGCAUCUGGCGCGGCUGGUGGGCAGCAGACCACAGGCUGGGUGCAGUUUUGAAGAGGAUGGGCUGAACCCCCCAGCAAUUAGUGCUAAUUCUGACUCCUGGGGGGGGUUCCUUCUGGACUACAUUACCCAGCAGCACCUGGUGCACCUUUCAUUUACACUGGGUGGGACCAAACAAUAGGCCAUGGAUUCUCUGCCGCUUCCCAGCGCAGGACAUGAACAUUAAUCGAUUGUCUGCGAGUGAUAUUUGUAUAAUUGCACUGUGUGGGUGGAGCCUGAAGUGGCGCUGUAGUCACAUGACUAAAGCAAAUUCUCAUGUAAUAACUAUGCAACUGGCGUAUGAAAAACAGGGGGAGCACCAGGGCAGCCCUACCUACCUACCUACCUACCUGGGCUGCAGGGACUGUGGGUCGUUUCUGGCUCAGGCAAAGUAUAUGGGACACACUGGGCCCGACCUUAUACGUGACCAUUAGCCCCAGUGAAUGAGGCCAGUGUUGCUGGGCAGAGCCCCCCGGGGCACUGGAAGUUCCCACUGUGCCCAGAAACAAAACAAUGUACAAGAAUGUGUUCCCAUAUUAUAUCUCUAUUUCAUAUAAAGGGCUUCAGUGGGAAAUGUCAUUAUUCAGCCUUAAGCAAACAAACAGCAAUUCACCCCUGAAGGCUCACUUCCCCUUUACAAAAUGAUUGUUGUUUUUAGUUUUUAUAUAAAGAUGUUUUUAUUUGAUAUAAACCGAAGUGCCUUAAAGCCUUUAAAGGAAAUGUCAGUCCAGGGAGACGGAAUUAUUUAACCCUACCAAACCUGCACUCUAGUUCCUGUGCCUGGGACACCUACUGGCUUUAAUAAGUGAAAUGUAUAUUAAGGGUAAGUUCCUUUGCAUUAGCGCAACUUGGGACCACUCUCUUGGGUAAGUGAAUGCAAUAUCCCCAGACCGUAACCAUGUGCAGAGUUGUGAUUCCUGAUUCUGGGCUGUUCUCCUUACCAUGGUCAGCCAGUGAAUGGCGAUUGGUCCAAGCUGAUUCCUGCUGAUCAGGUGACUGCUUUUUUGCUGCUAUAGGAGCUCCUCCUGCAUUACUGUGUGUGACCCAUAAUGAUUUAUGCAGUUGGAAAACCCCUAUCAUUAUCCUUCUGCCUGACCAUGGGAAAGAGAGCAGCCCAAAAAGCUCUGUACAUAGAUAAAUACUGGGUGGGAUUGGAUUCACUCUCCUGAUUCAUCCCAACUCAAUUAACCCUUUGAUUGGGCAGUUCCAGAGUAAUAAACAUUCCAUGAUCUGUGGGUUGGGGAAUUACUGGGAGGUUCCCAAAGACAGGGGUAACUGGGAGCCCCCUUACCACCCCCCAAUACCAAAGGAAAAAACCCAAAAGACAUUUGUGUUGUUUAAAUUAAGCAGCCAAUGAGAGAAGAGCAUAAAACCAUGUGCAGCACUAAUAGGGGGGCCGAGACCCUCGUUGUCACUGGGGGAGGAGCUUUACAUUCCCAUAUUGCUGUGAUUGGACUUUACACUAUUACUGGGCUCUUUCUCUGGGGUGGGGGGAGUGCCUAAUUAUCUAAGGGGGUUCUGCUCUCAAUGAGUUUUUUUUUAUUAUUUUGGAAUUUCAUAACUCUGUGUUCUGAACUAACCCAAUAAAGUUUAUUAUCUGCGA